GCAAACUAACUCGUGCGCUCGUGCACACUGAGGACCUGCGACAGCAGCAGCAGCGCAAAACCCGGGGGAGCGGAGAGACGCAGCAGCAGCGCAAAACCCGGGGGAGCGGAGAGACGCAGCAGCAGCGCAAAACCCGGGGGAGCGGAGAGACGCAGCAGCAGCGCAAAACCCGGGGGAGCGGAGAGACGCAGCAGCAGCGCAAAACCCGGGGGAGCGGAGAGAGAGGCGCACCGGGAGCGGAGAGGCGCACCGGGGGGAGAGACGCUAACGGGAAGCCGGGAGACAGACAGACAGACAGACGGGUGUGAGGUCGAAGCUGAUGAGGACGGAGAGGAUCGUGUGUGUGGUUCCGGUGCCUUUUGGGAUUUGACCCAUCACAGAGCUGCAUGUGUGAGUGUACUCCCAGCAAUGGAACCCUGGCCGAUAGUGGCCUGGUUCUUAAUGCUGACUUUCAUCGCUGACUGGCUAAAGACUGUGCGGUCAAGAGACUUUACAGAAAAGGACAUCAUUUUCCUCCAUCCCUCUACUACCCCGUAUCCAGGCGGAUUCAAGUGUUUCACGUGUGAGGAGGCAGCUGACAAUUACGAGUGUAAUCGCUGGGCACCAGAUGUGUACUGCCCGCAAGAGACUAAAUAUUGUUCUACACAUCACAAGCUGGACUGGAGUGGGAACACGGUGUCCGUGACAAAGCGUUGCGUCGCACUGGAGGACUGUCUCACUACCGGCUGCAUGGACAUGGACCAUGAAGGAAUCAGGGUGUGCAUUUCCUGUUGUGAGGGAAACAUCUGUAACAUGCCCCUCCCUUGGAAUGAAACGGACGCCAUCUUUGCCACCACAUCACCCCUGAAUGGCAGCAAUCACGCUGUUCUGGAUCGUACACUACUCCUCUCCUUCAUCUUCAUCCUCCUCCUCAGCUAUGGCUGAGCCUUUACCUGGUUCUUUGCUUCAGAUAUUACAGUAAUACAACUGUGAAAUUACUUUAAAGUAACACAUGGCCCUUCACGUUGGUAUCGCAGCGCCAACAUGGAUAAGUGGCCAGCCUUGAAUCACAUAUUUGAUGAGGGUUUACAAACACCAUUCAUUUUUAACACCUUAAAUUCACAUUAUUUUAGUGUUGCACGUCUAGUAACAAAUUACAGUGGGUCCUCUUGAGCUGAAAAGAACGAGGGUUAAGAAACAAAGGAGCAAACAGUGGUUUAUACAUUAACUCGAGCAAUAACUGAGGGGCACGACUGUGGCUGGAUCUCCUGGACUUCCUGCAAAUGAAGCCUUUUUUUUUAAAUCAGCUGUUCUUCUGUUUCCUUUGCUACCUUUGCGGUGAAAGCAUCCGAUAUACAAGAAGUCAUUCUUGGAUAAAUGUCGACUUUUUGAAAGUACAACCUUAAAUUAAAGAUGAUGCUCAGGCUUCAUGAGCAUCACGUAUUGACGUGUAAAAAGGUCAGACUCUACCUUUUACCACACUGAGUGUAUGGAGGAAACGGAUGAGGAAUCCGGGAUCAUAUUUAUGGUUAAAUGGAAACUGUACCUUUUGUGUCAUGAAUCAUAAUUUUGAUGUAUAUUUAUUUCUUGGACCAUACAUUUAUGGGAAGAUGUUAACACUAAAGCGCACUGUGUGUGUGUGUGUGUGUGUGUGUGUGUGUGUGUGUGUGUGUGUGUGUGUUUUUUAUAUAUUAUAAUAUAUAUAUAUAUAUAUAUAUAUAUAUAUAUAUAUACACACACUAGGGCUGCGUACCGGUAGCCUGGGCCCGCCCAUCCUAAAUGUGACGCAACACGAGGGCCUGUUGCGAGCUUAGUCUGGCAAGGCAAGCUAUCUACAGCUCUUCCAAGCUCCCGAAAAAUCGGGAGCCAAUCAACUUUGAGCAUCUCCAACGGCCCUGGGUAGAGGCGUGUUCAAGGCAGUGACGUAGUAGAACUGCGACCGGAAGCCAUAGAUUGUUUACAGAAUCUAUGCCCGAAGCGCUUCAUUCACUAGAAACAUUACGAACAUGGAGUAAGUUCUCAUUGAAAACGGAGCAAAGAGCAGCCCUGGAGGUAUUUAUUGAAAGGAAGGACGUUUUCGCCUUGCUCCCAACCGGCUUCGGUAAGAGUUUAAUCUACCAGUUAGCCCCGUCGCGUCACAUACGUCAGAGGAAAGAGUGAUGUGAUUGGUUUAAGCUUCGUCACAGCCUUUUCUGGCUUCGACCAGUAGCAAACUGAGGCAUUUCAGGGAGGUGGGUCAACCACGGGCUCUGGGAAACGGUUGGGCUUAAUAUCUUUGCCAGACUAAUGCUCGCAGAGCUUUGAAGUCGCGUUAGCCAGACUAGCGUACCGGUACUGUACCGUGAAAAUCGAUUCAGUACAGGUCCAAAAUACCAGAUCAUGAAGUACCGGUACUGUACCGAUAUAAAUUUACACCAAGUAUAUGCUUGUGACUGAAGAUGCAUAAAUCCUACCACAAAGACGAAAAUUUAGCACUGGAAAAGAUGUAAAAUGCCGCGCUGAAACUUGAAAUCAGAGCCAUCUUUGAUUUGAGAUCCUCUCGCCACAGUCACAUGAGACAUUGCGAGAGCUUGGCUGAUCCAGCGUUCUGAUUGGUCAAAAAGACUCCAAAGCACAGGGAUGUGAUUUUUCCGCGAAUUCGCGGAAUUCCGCUUUUUUCACCUCAAAACUUGAAGAAAAUUUUUUUUCCGAUUUUUCCCUCAUCCACAUUCGUAUCCUAUUCGUUCCGACUUUGUUUGAAAGAUGGCAGCCUCGGAUUUGCAUCUUUACGCCUCGAUCACGGAGGCUGCCAUCUUUCAACUCUUUGUUUGAAGCGAGCUUA